AUGAACCCCACGAAGAAGAUUUCCCCAUCCCAUUUUAUCAAUCAUAGAAGAACCAACAUACUAGGAGACGCCUGUGAAUUCAGGGAGGAGAGCCCCAACAAGCACAGUUUUAAAGGCCUGUUCAUAGGGGAACACUUGAAUCACGCGAAGAACUUAGAGUUUUUGUCUCCAUUGUCUUUAGCCAUCGAUGAAAUCGAUUUUAAUAAAAUCUUUAUGCAAGCGUGGGACGUGGACUCCUACUCGAGUUACGUCUUUUUGGAUAACUCACACCUGCUGGGGGUGGAGAAAAAGAAAAAAAAGGAAGGCGCAGGAUCGUCAGGGGUGAAUGUCGCCGUUAGGAAGGAGAAGAAGAAGGAGAAGCAGAAUGAGAAGAAGAAACUCGCUUACCUCUCAGGGGAAGCCGCUGCUCCCGCUUCGAGCACAGCCAGCGGCUGGGUCGGCAGCAUCAAGUCGAUGGUGGACCUCUUCAACGAUGCGACGGAAGACCCCCCGGGCAGGCACACCAGCCAGGGUGGACACACCGAUCGAACCGAUCGAGCCUCCCCGACGCAGAUGAACGAAGCGCAUGUAGAAAAAAAAAACAACCUAGCAGGAAAGCACGUCACACCAAGCACCAUCAACAAAGUAUUAAGCGGCUUAAGAAUACCAUCCGAAACGAGCAACUAUGAUGGGAUGGUAAAAAUAAACAGGCAGAUGAAUAUAGGAAUAUGUACAAGGCAAAGUAGAGGAGGGUCCCUACUCCAAUCUCCACUAAAGAAGACACUAACCAGUGGCUUCCCUUUCAGAAAACACUUUAAAACGGAGAGGAAAAAGGAUAGUGACCCCCCCUUCACGUGUGCAUUCUUUCGCUCCAUUAACCAUUCCGAGAUUGUCCUUUUUUUUGAGAAAAUUACAUCUCCACGGGGGAUCAUCUCACGGGGGGGUAACAAGACAACCUCGAACGAACAAACAGGGAGGGGAACAAACUUCACCAAAGAAGUGCUAAAACGGAGAAGUAGUGAAUUAUACGAAAAGUGGUCCAAGAGAAACAACAACAAAGGAUUCAUCGACAUGAUUUCGACGAACCCAUUAAAGAAUCUAACUGUGCAUGCAGAUUAUGAAUACAAAAAAAAUCUCUUCAAACUGCAUUCCGAUUACAAUGGCAUAAGUACUAGUAUCAUGGUGGUGAAAACAUAUCAGAAGAGGGCUCUCCUACAUUUCCUCUUCCAAGGGGACGUGUGCUACAGUGAGCUCCACGUGGAUAAGGACGUUCAGCUGCGCUAUGUUAACUCGGACAUAAGUCCCAGUUUGAUACUGAGGGGCGCGUGGAGCUGCUGUGCGCUGGGGGGGCCGCUCCAUUCUUACAAACACAGGGGCAGAGUGGAUAGGGUGAAUAGAGUGGGAACUCAGCGGGGGGGAGAAGUAGACGUAGUGGUAACUGACGACGCAGUAGGAGGCGACGGAGGAGAUUCCUCUCCCCACGAACCCCCCCAACCGCAAACCGACAGAGGAGUAAUCUACUGGCAAGAACAGAUUCUGAGCGACAAAGUAGAACCCGCGCAACGGUACAAGAGACUGAAAUCUUUGUAUUUAAACAAUCCCCGAUUGGAGGAAAUUAAAGAGAGGACACACUGGAUGGAGAGGCAUGUUCGCGAGAGUGGGGAUGCCCUCUUGUUGUCCACAAAGGGAUCAGUCGAGUUCAAGACGCCGGUCGUGGUUAGCGACCUAUACGUGCGUCUGCACCCGAACCCCCUGUACAGGUCCGCCUGCGGGAAGGGGGGAGGUGCGCAGGCGACCGCAGCGGAUCAGCGUCUCGGCGAUGGGGGCAGCCAUGGGGGGAGAAAUAGGAGCAGAAAUAGGAGCAGAAAUGGGAGCAGAGACGGGAGCAGAGACGGGAGCAGAGACGGGAGCAAACACAGGCGCAACACUCCACGCAGCGGUGGGCGCGGUGGGCGCGGCGCGUUCGGCCAGGACCAGCCCCCCGUGGAGACGUGCGCACAGGGGAAGCCAUACAUCAUGCACAUGCUCUUUAAUUUCUACCUUAAUAGAAGCAGGAAGUACUCAGCGGUGCUGGAGAUCCAUGUAGACGCCAUUCGUAAUGGAAACCAUCACAGGGGUUACGACGUCGGACAAUCUCCAGGACACUCCCGCGGACUCCCCCCCGGACAGAUGAACCCACUAAACGUGAUGACUCUCAUCAAAGGAAACAUAAGUCACUACCGAAUUAAUAAAAUAGAAAUCGAGUACUCUCUUAAUCCUAACCCAGUGGCACAACGAGACGCAUCCAUUCAUGGAAGAAGCAUCCCCUUCCUCGUCUCACUCUGCAAUCUGACGACGAACCACAGUCAGAAGGUAUAUAACUACGUGCCUACAUUUUUCGUGUCCAGGGGAGACUACCUCCAGGUGCUCAGUCGAAUCGAGCCCAACGAGGGGGACGCGGAGAGCGGCACAGAGGAGGGCAUCACCCAAGGGAGCGGCAGCAACGUGAAAGGCAACAACGUGGACGGCAACAACGUGGACGGCAGCAACGCGGACAGCACUAUCAGCGCGGAGAGGAACCAGACUGUGGGGCAGCCCAACCGCUUCGUCAGCAACACCUCCUUCUCCAUCUUCACCUCGCUCAGCGAACCCAUUUUCUGGGCGCACAUACUGCAGCUUCGGUGCGAAGUCAGCCAAUGCCGGUAUGAUGAAGCCGCCGAACCAUUCCUGGUGACCGCCUUGGGAGGACGACACGAGGGGACGACCCAAGUCAGUCAAGAGGCAGUGCCCCAGAGGCGGACCUUCCAACCCAACGCCCACAUCACCCCCGCCGCCAAGGAAGAGAAGACAGAGGAAGGAGAAGACGCUGAGUUGAGCGAAAUGCAGAAGGAGUAUCUAGACUUCCUAGAAAAGGGGCAACCAAGUGAGCCGCAACAGCCAAGUGGCGGAGUGAGGGAGGCCGAGCAGACGAGCUACAGUGACGAGACGGACCAGGAGGCGACGCCCAAUGAACCCACUGAGUCCAGCCAGUCCAAUGCCGCCGACGAACCCAAUGCGGCCAGCCAACCCGAUGAAUCCAGCCAAUCCAAUGCCUCCAACCAAUCCAAUGCUGCCAAUCCGGCCAAUGAACUCAGUCCGCCCCCAAUUCCUCCACCGAGCAAAAAACAGACCGUGGCUUACGACAUGACGAACAUGCUAAACAUAGAAUACAUCCAAAAGAGGUACAUAAUCCCUCCGUACCGAAAGGGGAUAUAUAUAUGCCUGGAAAGUGAAAGGAAGCAAUUAGUGUAUGAUCCCAACGAUCAAACAUUUUACGUGAAGAGAAGCGGAAGGAGCAAUGUAGGAGGUAACGACAGUAGAGAUGCUCUGCCGGCCUUAUGGAUUUACUCAGCUCUCCUACCAACAGAAAGUGACCUUCUGCACUUCUCCUUCCUCACGAGGAAUAAUCUCACCCUGAAGAUGACCCAAACGAAUGACACCAAAGUUUACUUCAAAAAUAUCAUACCGUUGACUCGCUACGAAGAUUAUGCGAAUAUGGAGAGACGCUACACCGAGAAGGUCGUAAAAAUCAGCUUCAUCGAUUUGAAGCAGAAUGGGUUCACAUCUCACCUUCUGGGCCUCAUUAUUGACAGUCAACUUUACCGGACCAAGGUCCUCGAGAUUCUGAAGAAGAAGUUCAGCACAGUGGUGCAGUUCGCUUCGGAGGAGAUGGGUAGUUGA